AUGCCGAACCAGCCGCUUCAUGCUUGUGCUGCUUGCAAGUCGCUAAGGAAGAAGUGCACCCCCCAGUGCGUGUUUUCUCCGUACUUCCCACCGAACGAGACAGAAAAGUGGACAACAGUUCAUCGUACAUUCGGUGCGAGCAACAUUUCGAAGAUAUUAACGACAGUACCGCCAGGGAAGAGAACGGCUGCAGCAAACAGUCUUAUAUUUGAAGCGGAAGCACGGUUGGCUGAUCCCGUCUACGGGACUUUGCAAGUCAUUCAUCGGUUGGGAAGCAGGCUGUCUAGCAUGGUUAAGGAGCUUCAAGCUGUCAGAGCCGAAAACGAAGAACUGCGUCAGAAUUAUGGUCAAGUCUGCGCGCUGAUGGGCAUUCCAGCCAACUAUCCUUAUGCGUCGGAAGUUGAGCAGGCCGUUCAGGAAAUGGCGUCUUCCUCCUCUCCUCCUUCAGCAGUAAUAGAGGACGCUGCCGCUUUACUCAAGCAUGAAGCCGCUUGA